CAACAAAAUAGAAGAUAUCAUGAAUAUAAAUGAAUGGAGACAGUAUAUAAAGACGUUAUUUCAAAUAGUGAUCAUUACUCGAAGUUAAUCUAUACUGACUUCAUAAAAUAUUUUUAUAAGAAAUUAUCUGUUGAGGAUUUUUAAAUCAUUGAAAAUGAAAAGAUUCUUGAUACUAUUUUUUUUGAGUUCAUUAACAAUUGAUUACACAAAUGGGUGCAGUUGUGCUGGCUUUCCACUUCAAACUUUGUUUUGCAAUUCUGACUUUGUUGUUAAAAUAAAAGUUACGGAUACUGGAAAAACGCAAGAACCAAUAAAUAACAUAUACCACGUCGAUAUACUAGAAACUUACAGAGCAAAUCCUGAAGCAGUAGAAGCACUCAAUCUUAAAUACUUACUUACUCAUCCAGACGAAGGCAUGUGUGGUCUUCCACUUAAACGUGACCAAGUUGCUGUUGUUGGAGGGAAAAUAAUUGAUGGCAAGCCAGAAAUUAGUUUCUGUAAUCUGCAUAUACAAAAUCCUCAAAAAAUUGAAGCUGAGUCUGUUAAUCUUCGUGAAAAUUUUUCUAAAAAUUGUGCUACAGCAUAAGCUAAUCAAAUCUUCUAUUGUACAAAAAAAAAAUUUUAUACUACAAGAUUUGUUUGAAACAAAAAUUUAAUAAAAUUGAA